UAGAACCUGAGAAUGAGAUGAAAAUUGGGGAGUAGAAGCUGAAAAUGUCAUGCUCGUACUGGUCAUGUCCUUCUCCGGCAGCAUUUGGAGCUGUGUCAAUGGAAAAUGCCCUUCAUCCUUCUUCUCUCUCAUGGCGUUACGCCUCUUUUCAAACGAAGGUGGAGUCGAAUCGACCAAAGAAGAUUACGCGAAAUGUACCAACCCUAAUAAUCUUCUGCUGUUCUGAUUCUGAUUCUACUACUACUACUACUACUACUACUACUACUACUAGUAGUUCCACUGAAUCUUCAGAAUCGGCAGCAGUGGCUCCGCCGGUGAUAAGGAAGAGGACGAGGUAUAGGAAGCAGUAUCCUGGGGAGAAGGAGGGGAUUACGGAGGAGAUGAGGUUCGUCGCCAUGAGACUCCGUAAUUUCAAUGGUAAGAAACUUGACAUCGAUGCUAGUACUAGUGAUGAUGAUGAUGAUCAGAACAACCUUUCCGAUAAUGAAGACGGUGGUGGUGGAGAGCAUUGGCAGCCGAGCGUGGAAGGUUUUCUCAAGUACCUUGUUGAUAGCAAACUUGUCUUUGACACUGUCGAGCGCAUUGUUGACGAAUCCAAAGAUGUUUCUUAUGCAUACUUCAGAAAAACUGGACUGGAACGAUCGGAGAGCCUUUCAAAAGAUCUGGAAUGGUUUAGCCAGCAGGACAUUGCGAUUCCCCUGCCUAGCAAUCCCGGAAUUACUUAUGUUAAAUAUCUGGAAGAACUUGCAGAGAAGAGAGCACCUUUAUUUCUCUGCCACUUCUACAAUAUAUACUUUUCACAUAUAGCAGGCGGCCAAGUGAUAACAAAAAAGGUCUCUGAGAAGAUUUUAGAAGGAAGAGAGUCACAGUUUUGUAGAUGGGAGGGGAAUGCGGAAGAGUUGUUGAAAGAUGUGCGAGAGAAGCUGAACAUGCUUGGAGAGCACUGGUCUCGAGAUGAGAAGAACAAAUGCUUAAGAGAAGCCACAAAGUCAUUCCGGCAUUUGGGUCAGAUAGUCCGCUUGAUCACUUUAUAAAACAAUGCCAUUUUCAGAUCGAGGCUUCACUAAUUUUGAAUGAUUUAUAAAGCCUAAACUCAGCGCACAAAGUGGUUUGAUGGAUUUGGGAUGUCGUUCUGUUUUCUAGAUUUACUUCUCACAUCUAUCAUUGCCAUAAGAUCGAGAUUUAACUAUGUUUUUUCAUUUUACUUUCCUAGCCUUUUUCUUUUCUUCUGGUUCUAUAGUCAUAUACAACAUUUGUAAUCAAAAUUUUGUUUUAUGGCAUUAAUGAUGCCUUUGCUUUGUUCCCAAAUCAAACAUUGGGGUGGUUGACUAGUGGAAUUGAUAGAAUGGAAUUUACACAA